AUAUCACGUUGCAUUGUCAAGGUAUUUCUCUCUUGAGGCUUGACAGACAUAAAUAAUAUUGUUUUUUGGUGCUAUUGGUUCACCGAAAUUCUCGAUUCAUUUGUAUUGCCGAGAUUAGUAAAGUUAAAUUGUUUGCUGGUGCGUGUUUGUGAUAAAAGGUAAAGCCGAAAAGCAACAGCCUGUGGAUGCGUUUGUACGAGGAGCAGCAGACACGAAAGGUCAGCACUGUUGAUCCGUACGACAAUAUGAGCGACGAUGACAGGGAUAUUGAUAUUGAUAGCGACGACGGAGAAGAUUCUGACACCACUAAAUCUCAAACUAGGAACUCCGGCGGAAACAAUCAAUUUUACUCACAGGCUGAGAAGAGAGCACAUCAUAAUGCACUAGAGCGGAAGAGACGAGAUCAUAUUAAGGACAGUUUUACUUCUCUUCGUGAUUCCGUACCGGCACUACACGGGGAAAAGGUAAAUGCGAGUCGGGCGCAGAUUUUAAAGAAAGCGGCGGAGUAUAUCCAGUUUAUGAGACGUAAAAACAAUUCUCAUCAGCAGGAUAUAGAUGAUCUCAAGCGUCAGAAUAGUCUUCUUGAAACGCAAAUUCGGCAAUUGGAACAAGCUCGUGCUACCGGAAAUUUCGGCGAAGUGAGUGAUCUCGGAUUAGGCAUGAAUGAUAGUUCUCGAGAAUCGGACAGCUCAGACAACGAUGAUACCGCGAGCAACAAUGGAAUAGUCGGAGGAGGUAUUCAUCGAAAUAAGAAGUUGAAGACCAAUUCGAAUUAUUGAAGACCAUUGACAAUUAUUAUCAAACUGGUAAAAUGAUAUUCACCGUAAGGUUGAGGACAAUUCAAGGAACGAUAAGAGCAGAAAGCAAGAAGAAAGUAUUGAUUGAACAAGUUUUCAUUAUCAACUAAAUAUUUUUCCAUUACAAGCAUCGGAAUGUUUUUGUGACUUUUUUUACAGAUUACUUAAUCUGUAAGCGAAGAAUAUAAAACCAACAAACGAUUCAAUAGUGUACAAAAUAUAUGUUUUAUUUAGUUUUAUUAUGCUCUGUUAGAAUAAUGCGAAAUUGGUAUAUGUGGACAGAAAUUAUAUUGGAAUUGUAAUAACCUAACCAGCAUAAUAAUUCGUCAAAUAUGAAUUUGAAUAUAGUUUGCGUUUAUUUUUAAA